AUGCCUGUCACACAGUUCAGCUUCCAGGAGAGGUACAAGUAUCAGAACGGCUUCGGCUCAUAUCACGAGACUGAAGCCGUGGAGGGCGCCCUCCCUGUAGGAGCCAACAACCCUCAGAAGGCACCCUACGGCCUAUACAACGAGAAGCUGUCCGGCACGGCCUUCACAGCACCACGACACGAGAACAAGCAGACAUGGCUGUAUCGUAUAUUGCCCGCCAGCGCACACUCCCCUUUCGAGCCGAGAGAGAGCAGCACGUACGAUCUCAACCCAGGAGGUCUAAGAGAUGCAAAGUGGCACCAGAUCCCCAACCAACUGCGAUGGGACCCGUUCGAUCUCGACGAGACAGUCGACUGGAUACAUGCACUCAAGCUUGUGGCAGGUGCUGGGGACCCAACCAUGAAGUCUGGGCUGGGCAUACUCAUAUAUGCUGCUGGCAAAGACAUGGAUAAAAAGUCGGCCUUCUACAGCGCAGACGGCGAUCUCCUGAUCGUACCCCAGCACGGCGCGCUGGAUAUUCAGACCGAGCUUGGCAAGAUACUUGUACGGCCCAAUGAGAUCUGUGUAAUACCACGCGGUAUCCGACAUCGCGUGACACUGCCAGAAGGCCCAGUCCGUGGAUUCGUGCUUGAGCUAUACCAAGGGCACUUCGAACUCCCAGAGCUCGGACCCAUAGGCUCAAACGGCCUUGCUAAUGCGCGGGACUUCCAAGCUCCGAUCGCUCACUUCGAGGAAGACACAGACAGCGAGCAUCUACUGUUCGCCAAGUUCGCUGGCACUCUCUUCGCUGCAAAACAGAAUCACACAGCAUUUGACGUGGUGGCAUGGCACGGCACUUACUACCCAUACAAGUACGAUCUUGGCCGCUUCAACACCAUCGGGUCUAUCUCAUACGACCACCCAGAUCCCAGUAUCUUCACUGUCCUCACAGCGCAAAGCGAGCAUCCUGGCACGGCGGUGGCGGAUUUUGUCAUCUUCCCACCAAGGUGGCUUGUUGCUGAGGACACAUUCAGACCGCCUUGGUAUCACAGGAACACCAUGUCUGAGUUCAUGGGCUUGAUCCACGGCCAGUACGAUGCAAAAACUGGAGGUGGUUUCCAGCCAGCAGGCGCCUCGCUUCACAAUGUCAUGAGUGCCCACGGACCAGAUGCAUCAACGCAUGAGAAGGCCAGCAAUGCGGAGCUCAAGCCCGCAAAGGUCGGCGACAACAGCAUGGCUUUCAUGUUCGAGUCGUGUCUGAUGGUCGGCGUGACAGAGUGGGGUCUGAAGCAAUGCAACAAGGUCCAGCAAGACUACAACGCGGAGUCUUGGGAGCCGCUGAAGCCGCACUUUCAGAGGCCUACGCCCGCGAAGAUUGUGAAUGGCGCAGCGAACGGCGCAGGGGGUUUGCAAGCGGACAAAGCGCAGCAGCCUCACUAUACUUGA